AUGGCAAAGAAAGCCAAAGAUCCCGCAGCUGCUGCUGCUGCUAAGAAACCACAAGCUCCAGUUGAUCCCGUCAAAGUUGGAAAUCUUGUUCGUUUAUUAAAUAUUCUUGCUUUAGUACUAGCUAUUGGUGCUUUUCUACUUCAAUUAUUUGCUGUACUUUCUCAUCAUUGGAAAUGGCAAGUAACAGGUCUUGGUUCAUUAGUAUCACCUUCUUAUCAUUAUGCUCAACCAAAUAUUUAUAAUGAUAGUCGACUUGAUCAAUAUUAUGGUUUAUAUUCACGUGAUGUUAAACUCUAUGCUAAUAAUGAUGAACAACUUGAUGUUGAUGCAAAUACACGUUUUCCACGGCUUGAUGAUGGUGAAGAAUCUCUUCAUCAUUGUUUAUCACAAACAUCAACACUUCGUGGUGCAUUUCUUGCUUGUUCAGAUCGUGUAGUUUCACCAGAACAAUGCCAUUGCCGACGACAUGCUUAUUGGAAUUUUGUUAUUUUCUUCGAAGUUCUUGCUUUAAUUUUACUUGGUAUUGUUGUCAUUGUUGCAGCUUUACUCUCAACAGAAUAUCGUGUUUUAUUAAAACUUGCUGGUGCUGGUUUAGCAAUUGCUGCUUUUCUUCUUUUAUUCAUUGGUUUUCUAUUAAUUGUCACUCAUCUUAAACGUGAGACACGUUCAUUGGCUGAUGCAUAUCCAUACAUUCAUCAACGACUUUCAAGUAAACUUGCUGUUCCUGUUGGACAACCAUAUGCCAUACGAACCAAAGAAACAAUAUUACAUCAAGCUGUUCGUCGUCAAGCACAUGAAACAUAUCGUGCAUAUCCUUUAUUACCAGGUCAACAUCCAUACAAUGAAACACAUUUUCAAGAAUAUUCAGAACCAUCACGUGGAUGGGUUUAUAAACCAUAUUCAAGUAUUAAUGUUCAACCUAUUGCUUAUGCACCACUUUCACAACGUGGUCGACCAGGUCCUCCAACCGUUCCAAGACGUCAAACAACACCAGCACCAUUACAUAAUGAAUAUGGUCCAUUAGUAGGUUAUGAUACAGUUUUUGAUCAUACACGUGCUGGUAUUGGCGCCGGAACUAUACUAUCAAUUCUUGCUAUGAUUCUUGCAUUACUUACCGGAGCGAUUCUUGCUUUAUCAUGGCUUCAAGGUAACAAAAUUGAACCACCUAAACCACCAAAAGCACCAAAAGAGAAAAAAACAAAAACAAAAACAACAACAACAACUACUAGUUCAGCUGAAUAUGUACCAUUAGCUACAGAUGUUCCUGCUGUAAGACCAUUAAUUCCUUCUGAUUACGACAGUCAUCGUCCAAUUGGUGAUGCCAUUGUAACAGCACAACAUGUACAACAACCACCUUAUGGUACACAUGAAACUCGACAAGAACCAGUUAUUGUACGUGAUGUUGUUAUUCGUGAUGAACAUCCAGUAGUAGUCACUACUCAAGAACGUUCAUAUCCGGUUAAUGUUGAAACCCAUCAAACAGCAUACAAUACAUAA